AUUUAAAACAGUACAAGGUACACAGUAGUCUAAAAGCAUAUUGUAUUUCAAGUGAUUAGGCAAAUGUUGAUUGACUUUAAAUUUAAUGAAAUCAGAUAAAUUAUUAUUCCCAAUUUCUAAGUAAAAAUAAUUAUUAAAAUUUAAAUUAUCCAUUUAAUUACUCUAUAGGAAAAUAUUUUUAUUAUUAUUUAUAACUCAUAAUAAAACUCGGACGACUUCAUUGUUGUUUUUGUAUUAGUGGUCAACUUCAGAGCUCAGAAGAUUUAAUAACAACAAACAUGAAACGAAUAUUAUUGAUAGUAUUUUUAAAUGUUCUUUUAAAUAAUCAUUUAUUCACAAACGCUGCAGAUAAUACUCCAGCUAAGUUUCCACUUGUAGUAAUUACGUGGGACUAUUUAUCCGCUACUCAAACUGCCUGGAAAAUAUUAAAUGAACAGAAGUUGAGUUCAAUUGAUGCGAUUGAAGGUGCUUGUGCAUUGUGUGAAGAGCAGCAAUGUCGAACAACUGUAGGGUAUGGUGGAAGUCCUGAUGAAGCUGGCGAAACUACUCUCGAUGCUAUGAUUAUGGAUGGAGUUACAAUGGAUGUAGGAGCAGUAGGUGGACUAAGGAAUAUUAAAAGUGCAAUAUCAGUUGCUAGAAAAGUAUUAGAAAAUACCAAACACACAUUAUUAACUGGAAGUCUUGCUACAAAGUUUGCUAUAGAUAUGGGGUUCAAAUCUGAAUCUUUGACAACCAAUGUUUCAUUGAAUAUGUGGCAAUCUUGGAAGCAACAAAAUUGUCAGCCUAAUUUCUGGAAGAAUGUAUCUCCUGAUCCAUCAAGAUCAUGUGGACCCUAUACUCCAAAUAAAGUACUAACAACAGAACAAAAUGAACAAUCUUAUUCAAAUGAAGAAAAUCAUGACACAAUUGGAGUAAUAGCAAUUGAUAGUCAAGGAAAAAUUGCAGCAGGAACAUCGACAAAUGGAGCUAAAUUCAAAAUUCCAGGACGUGUUGGUGAUUCUCCUGUACCUGGAGCUGGAUCAUAUGCUGAUCAAGAAGUUGGAGCAGCUGCAGGAACCGGAGAUGGAGAUAUUAUGAUGCGAUUUUUACCCAGUUUUUUGGCAGUAGAAGAAAUGCGAAGAGGUGCAUCGCCAGCAGAUGCAGCAGCUACGGCAAUUAGAAGAAUAGCAAAACAUCAUUCACAGUUUAUUGCUGGUGUUAUAGCGUUAAACAAAAAUGGCGAGUAUGGAGCAGCUUGUCAUGGUAUAUAUAGAUUCCCAUUUUAUGUAAGCAAUCCAGAGUUUGGGAGCCCUCAAUUUUUACUUGCUGAUUGCAUUAAAUCAGCAUCACCUGAAGUGAAAAAUAUCUAAAAAUAUUUUUUAUCAACAUAAAAACCUUUUGAAGCUAAGUAUUUUUUUUUAAUUUAUGAUAUUUAUCAAUAAAACUGUAUCGA